UAGCAGUUCAAGUACCAGUUCCCAAACUCACUCAUCGACAUUCAUCCUCGGACCCAACUUUUCACAAUGAGCUUCUUGCAGGGGUUAGUUUCCCUUUUUGGGAUACAGCUCACCAUGGUUGCAACAGCGUCAGGCGCUAACGUACCACGGACUUAUGGUUUCGUCCUAUUCCGCAUGUUUGACAUGCUCGACUUGUACGGGCCAUCUGAAGUCCUGCAAUUCAUUGGUGGAUCAUACCAUACCAACAUUGUCUACAUUGCCGAGACUCUGGACCCGGUAACCACGCGGCCCGCACUGGCAGCUAUGAAUCCGUUGAACUCAUCAGUUUACCCGUCUAUAACACCAACACACACAUUUGAGACUGCGCCGGAACUCGACGUGCUGGUUAUACCUGGUGGACCUGGAUGGCGCAACCCAACCACGCUCAACGCUACCAUGGAGUAUAUCCGUAAGACGACGCCAAAAGUACAGCAGGUGCUUACCAUCUGCACGGGCUCGGCACUCGCAGCGCGUUCGGGUAUCCUGAACGGCAAGAGGGCGACUUCGAACAAGUCGUCGUGGUUAUCGACGGUGCAGAAUAACCCAAACACGACUUGGGUGCCGCACGCGCGAUGGGUCGAGGAUUACUCGAGCUCACCGCCCAUCUGGAGCUCGUCGGGAGUCACAGCGGGUAUCGAUAUGAUGCUUCACUGGGUUGAGAAGACUUACAAUGCAGAGAACGCAACGAAUAUUGCUCGCUUCAUUGAGCACGUGCGUAUCAUGGAUCCGAGUAUUGAUCCGUUUGGUAGAAACGAGACAGUGAGUGAGUAGGAAAGCUUCUUUGCUCACAUGUAUAUAUUCGGUCAUGUACCUGGUCAUCAAAGUGAACAUAUGGAGUCGUCGAUGUCUAGAAUGUCAACCAUGUCCGAU